AUGGUGCAAAAAUUGCAGCAAAAUGAAGUGAAAUUGCAGGCAGUGUCCAUUGACUUCGACUGCCCAUUUAGCCCUGGCAAGGAAGCAAACCUUUGCAUAGUCAAAGAUCUCCUGCGGCAGACUGCGGGAGAGGUAGUGCAUGCUGCAAACGCCUAUGAAGUCUUGAAGAUGUUUGGCAGCAAGGAAGUGAGUCCAUACCUGGGUUACCACGGGCCACUGCACAUUGGCGACAUGCUGCAAAUCGGCGUUCGAGUGUACAAGAAGGUAUCCCAGGAGAAGAUGCCCACUUUGAAGUUGUAUUCAGACAGGUUAAAGGACCCUGAUGCCGAACACCAGGUUAAGAGGGAGCUGGAGUAUAAGACGCUGUCCAACCCAGACCAGCCAGUGCCCCCUGAAGAGAGGGUGAGAGCGUACAAGUAUGGGAAGCAGAAGGUACCUUUGUCGAAUGAGGAGCAGGAGAGCCUGGCCUAUGCACCAGAGAAGGGGAUUAGUCUGCUGGGCUUUGCUGACAAGAGCCAGGCUCCCAGACACGAGUACAUGAAGGACAGCUACAUGGUGCUGCCCUCAGCCGAUGGUGGGUCCUGUGAGGCGCUGUCUGCCCUCUGCCAUGCCCUCGAAGCCGAAGGACGGGUCAUGAUCGUUCGUGCAUGCCUACGUGUUCGAUCUGCCCUGUUCCUGGGAGUGAUGACCCCCGUCAUUGGAUCGCCCUCCCAGCCGGACGCCCUCUGCAUGAACGUUCUACCCUUCAAAGAGGAUGUGCGGUUCUAUGCCUUCUCAUCAUUUGACUCGCGACCCGAGUUUUCACCCACAGCAAAACAGCUCGAGGCUGCUCAAAAGGUCGUCGACAGCAUGGACCUCACGGCGGGCGGCCGCGAGCGGCUCCAGCCCGAGACCACUCCAAACCCCAUCCUCCGCCGUUUCGUCCACCUGCUGGGGGCGAGGGUCGCCAACCCGGACGCCACCCCCAUCGACCCCGGCGCAGACGUCCUGGCCUGCCACACACUGGACCCGAUGCUCGACGACAUGCCGGGCUGCCGGGAGGCCCUCAGGGACGCCGAGACGAGCUUCGUGACCAUCUCAUCUAGCAGCCAGUCCAAGGCCGCGGACGAACGAGAAGCGCAGGCCGCCGAGCCGUCCCGCUUCGGCAGGCUGGCCGACGCGCCGAUCUUCGAUCCCGAUUCCAACGUCAAGUCCGCCGUCUCGACGGUCGGCACGUCUACGCCCAUCGACGACUUUAGAGAUCUGUUGUCCAGCGGCCGCGUGGACGACGCCUUUGAGGGCAUGCAGGCAGCUGUGCGGGCCCUGAUCGCCUCCAGCGUGGGGGCCAGGCUGUACGACAAGGCCCUCAGGUGCCUUGGGGCCCUGCGCGAGGCCGCCGUGGGACGAUCCCGGGCGCGCGAGUUCAACGACUUCAUGCGCCGGUUGGCGGAGGAGUCUAAGGGCGACGCCAAGCUGGGCGAGGCCUGGGGGAUGGUGGUGGCGUCGGGGAUCAGCCUGGUGAGCAACGACGAGGCAGCAGGGGCGGGGGUGACGAGGGCGGAGGCCGCAGACUUCCUGCGGCACAGCGCCCCCUGUGCGGGAGCCGAUGACGAGGACAUGGAUGCCAAGGAGGAGGACGAGUUCGAGGGGAUGGAGUAG